GCAUGCUCAUUCCUUCCCCCUCGUGUGCUAAUGGCGACAUGUGCAUAUUGUGAUAUCUAUUCAGAUUCGCAAGCCAUGUUGUCUUGGCCGAGUCUCCGUGAGUAAUUAUUAAAGGUCUUCCUUAACUCAAGAACGCCAACAAAGUCCCCGACGACCGACAAGAAGAAUAUCCCCAAGAACGCGAGGAGUUCAACCCAUGAAUUGACGAGACGGAAGAUAAGUGAACAACGUGGUCAAAUAGGGCCAGGUUUUCAUCGUAGUGUCCUGAAAGUAGACUUUCGUGGACCAUACUACGACCUUUCGUUUAACGUAUACAAGGAUUAUAUAGUCAGGUGACACGUAAACAAUUGACAAUUGGUUUCGAUCGUGGAAUUUUGUGAAAUUCAUUUAGACAAUUAGUUAAAACCCGGUGACCUUGAUUUGCCCUAGUUUCGAGAUUGAGGGUCAUAUUGCUUCAUGCCAUAUUGUGAGAAACUUUGCAUCUCUUGAAAAAUUUCUCCUCACGACAGGUGGUAAAAGGCGUCAUAUAAUUUGAUAUUCAUAAUACCUGUUGUGUCUGAGGCACUCAUUGUCUUAGUUGCCAUCUGUUUCUCAGAAAAAAACGUUAGGGAAAAACAUCAUCUGCAACAGCUGUGUACAUCCUGAAUUUUCAAUAUGGCGUCGGCAGGAGUGGCAAACCCACAGCAGACGGACGCGCAACGUAAGGAAGUAGCAGAGACUCCAAAGGAACAGACAGUCUCUGCCAACCAACCUAAGAGCCCAGUACAGAAAGCCCCAGAUGUCAGCACGAACCCUUGGUUCACGAGGAAACCACAGCAGCAACAAGCUGUUGCUCCUACCAUGAAAGAACCCCCUGUUACAAGUGACACUACCAAAAAAGACCCUCAAUUACAAAAGGAAGGUGACUUGAAGAAAGAGGUGCUAAAGGAAGGCAAACAACAGGAAGGAAAACCCAGUCAGGCCAGCUCUAGGACUAGUGGUUCAGAUUCUGAAGGAGAAAAAUCAGACAAAUCUGGUGAUUCGGCUAAAUCUAAACCAAUCCCUAAGAUAUUUGACAAUAAAAAUUUUGUGGAAGCCCCAAUUCCAAAGACAAAUCCUUGGACAAAGAAGCUGAGCAAUCCCAGGCCAGUCGCUGUUGUGACUCCAACAACCAGCACAGACAUCAUUCCUCCAGCUGCUGCAACCACAAAAGUGAUAAAGGCUAGUGAAACUACCAAGAAAAUAGACAAGGCCAGUGAUUUCAGUGAUGCAACCCAGUGGCCGUCACUCAGUGAGCCUGUGGCAGGAGGAGGGACUCCCACUGUACCCAGUCCAACUUCUAGUACCAGUAAUGUGCCCAAAAAGUCUCAGGCUUCAGCCGUGGGGACACAGACCACUCCACCUCAACAGCAACCAACCCCAGCCCCAGCACCAGCACCAGAGGUGCCCCAGCAACAGACCCCCGUGAAGGAGCAGCCAGAGAAGGAAGUUGACAACAGCCCUAUUGCCCGGGAGACACAGACUGGGUCGUCACAGAGUGAUUCUGGGGGAGAGGACGAGGGGAAAGAAAGUUCCGAUGGGAAUAAAUCGACUCCCAAAUCUAGAGCUAAAAAGGGAUCCAAACAAAAGUGGGUCCCCUUAGAUAUUGAACCGCCUCGAAUGGAGCGUGGCCACAAAACAAAGAGCCGAAGCACCAGCGAUAUAACAGAAACACGACGGGAUGCACCACGAGGAAGGCGUUAUGAACGAGGUCGGCCAGAGAGAGGCCGAGGAGGGGAACAUAAGAGCUCUCCCAGAGGAAGAGGAUCUGACUCUUCCAACUGGCGGGAUAGCAUGCAUCCACCCAGCCCUCGCGACCAUAGAGGGGGCUAUAGAGGGCGUGGACGUGGAAGAGGCCGUGGACGUGGUCGGGGAAGAACCAGAUCAGAAUAUUUGUACACAGACCAUGGGGGCGAGCAAUAUUACUUUGCCAAUGACGAGGCCUAUUAUAUAGACCCCACUGCAUAUAGGGCAACUGCAUAUAGUGGUCCCGUUUUCUUUAAUACCAUGCUUGGUGUAACACCAGCCGUGGAUGAUGGAACUCUUAGUGAUUAUAUCAAGAAGCAGAUAGAGUACUAUUUCAGCGCAGAGAAUCUACAGAAAGAUUUCUUCCUGCGCCGUAAGAUGGAGAAGGAAGGAUGGAUACCACUCAGUUUGAUAGCCAGCUUCCACAGGGUGCAAGCCCUCACACAAGAUGUCAACAUGAUCAUCAGGUCCCUGACAGGCAGUGAGGUGGUGGAGCUCUCUGCUGACAAGCUGAAGGUUCGCCCCAUGGUGGAGCCAAUGAAAUGGGCACUAGAGGGCACCACUUUACUGGCCACCACCAGCCUCCACGUGGACAUGCCAGAGUUUGUUCCGGGAAAGACGUGGACAGCACCACCAUCUCAUGAGGACAAUGCAGAGAAGAAAGAAGAGGUUGUUGAGGAAGACAGUCACGUGGAAGCGCCUGAUGUAGUGCGUGAGAACAGUGAAGAAGGAGAGGAGACGGAAGAGCAUGAACAUGAGGUGGGAAUCCGGAUUCCUAAGAGUCGUAAUUUGAUCAUUACGCCAGGUCUGUCGUCCAGUGCCCCUGUGAGAAAAGGCGAGUGGACAGAGGUCAAGAGGAAACCUAAGACGCCCAAAACCACACCCAAGAAAGAGGGAGAGUCACAUUUGGGUGAAGGAAAAGCGGUGGAAGAAGGAGAUGAACCUGAGGAACUGGACUUCAUGUUUGAUGAAGAGAUGGAGAGUGACAUCACUGGAGGCAGGAAAAAUACCUUCUCUGAGUGGUCUGAUGAUGAAGACUCGGACCAAGAGCUGACAGACGUGGACAUCAGUAAAAUCCUUAUUGUUACCCAGACACCACCAUAUUUGCGCAAGCAUCCUGGCGGCGACCGCACCGGUGAUCACAUGCCACGCUCUAGGAUGACCCAGGAGCUGGCCAAGGUCAUUGAUGACGGCUUGUAUUACUAUGAACAGGACUUGUGGGAUCAUCCUGGGCCUGAACUAAAGACUGUGAACAUCAUCUCGAGGGAUGACUUCAAGAAGAUCACCCCAGGUGCGGCCCCCAUACAGCACCAACAGGUGCCCCCACCACCCCCCUUGCCACCCGCUGCUCUAGAAGAAGAGGAGACACAAACAGAUGAUGGUGUGGCAAUCCCUCGAUCUGGUGCUGCUGCAGCCCCGGCAAUACCCGACCAGGCUUCCUCACUCCCUGCAGAUAUAUCUGAGAACCCCACUACUCCAAGGUCAGCCAGGACACCUAGGACACCGAAGGCGCCCCGCUUUUACCCAGUGGUCAAAGAGGGACACACUGGAGUACCAGGGACCCCCAGAAAGCGUAAGACCCGGCACAGCAGUAACCCUCCUGUGGAGAGCCACGUGGGAUGGAUCAUGGACUCUAAGGAACACAAACCAAGUGGCCGAGAGAGAACCGUCUCUGGAACGUCUCUGUCAGCAAGUCCAUCAGAGACGGUGUUGUCCAGCACCCCGCACACCUUCCCUGCCUUCCAACACCCGUCACACUCCUUACUGGAGGACAACGGCUUUGUCUGGCACGUCUACCAUAAGUAUCAUGCUAAGUGCUUGAAGGAGCGUAAAAGACUUGGUGUUGGAAUGUCUCAAGAGAUGAACACACUGUUCAGGUUUUGGUCUUUCUUCCUGCGUCAGCACUUCAACAAAAAGAUGUACCAGGAGUUCAGACAACUUUGUCUGGAAGAUGCCAAGGCUGGUUAUAGAUAUGGCCUGGAGUGUCUGUUCCGCUACUACAGCUAUGGCCUAGAGAAGAGGUUCCGACCUGAAGUAUUCAAAGAUUUCAUGGAAGACACCAUUUCUGAUUAUGAAAGUGGUCAGUUGUAUGGGUUGGAAAAGUUUUGGGCUUUCCUGAAAUACUCUAGAAAGAACACUCUGGAAGUGGAACCCAAGCUGAAGGGCUGGUUAGCCAAGUACAAGAGACUGGAGGAUUUCAGAGUGGAUCAGGUGGAGGAAACUGCUGAAGGCAAGCAAGAGGUCCAUUUCAGUAGCAUAUCUGGCAGAAGUCGCAAUCUCUCUGAGAGUGGCGGAAAAAGGGCAAGAAAGUCCUCCGAGAGCAAAGGAGAUGGUGCUAGCGGAAGUGGAGGGCGUCGUUCAAGACACUCCUCUUCCCACAAUCAACCCGACCAAGGCAAGUCCGAAAGUGCAACAGCUAAAGGAGUGGACCAUACCAAGCAUCCCAAGCACAUACCUAGUGACCAAUCUAAGAAAGCAGAUGGCAAAUCUAAAACUGACCAAUCAAAAAAGGAUGAGAAGGGAAAAGGGGACAGCCAUCAUCAUCACCAGCAGACCAGCAAGUCGCACACCGCCAAGUCACAUGACCAUGGAUCUAAGUCACAUGACCACACUUCUGUAAAAGGUGCUCAAGCAAAAUCCGCUGCUCAGGCCCAGGGCAGCGAUCAGACUAAAACUGCUACUCAAGCAAGCUCAAAAAGCCAAGAGAGUAAAGGAGAAACAAUAGAGGAUUCUAAGACUACCAAGGGUUGAAAAUGUCAAGAUCAACCCAAGUGAUAUACAAACCUGUAGAGGACAGCUCAGUAUUCAUACAUGUCUCUUCAUUCUGGUUUAAGGCAGCUGGAAAAAAAAGACUUGCUUUCUUUGGCCAUGAUGAUAGAUUAUUGAUUUGUCUUGAUCUCGGUAGGAAAAAAGUAGAAACAACCGUAUACGGAAAACUGCAUUAGUUUUUAAGAAGAAAGGAAGAAAUUUGAAAAACUAGUUUUCGUGUUUGAAAUGGUAACCCACAAGUGGGGUCUUAGGAGGCCAGCCAUCAUUUUGAAUUCAAGCGUGUUUUCUUGCAUAUAUAUAAUUGUAGGUAUACUUCAUGAUAAUUGCCACCAUCACCUGUGCUUAAGUAAAAAAAAUGCUUAGUAUUGGUACACGUUUUCACUUUGAAAUAUUGGGCUGUGGGAAUGAGUGGUUGUAGACUAAGACCAUUAAUCUGUUUGUCCAAUGUAUUUUGUGGCUAUUGUUGUGCAGAGGUUGAUUGGGAUCUGGAAAAAAAGAAGACAACAGCAAAGGGAUUGUUUUAUUUUUCCUUCUUUCUUUUUGAGUGCUGCAGAGGAAAUGCUUACUAAGUUGUAAAUAGUGAAAAAAAAAGUUUGGUCUGUGAAAUUGUACAGCAGUGCUGUAUUGAGAAUAUAGUGGUGGAUUAGUUUUGAGGUUGGUAACAGUAGAGAUAGUAGAGCAUACAGACAUAAUAUUAUAUAAUGUAGUUAUACAUAUAACACACAUAUAUAUAUCUGUUAAUGUCAACGAUUUUGUUUAUAUUUUAACCUUUUCUACUAGAAGACCAAGUUUCUACUAGAAGACAUCAGUUUGGUUGAGGAAGGGUGUGAAUUUUAUUACUGGCUUGCAGUGAGUUGCUUAAAAUUUAUUGUUAAAAAUGAGAUGGCCAAGUUGGAGGUGGUGUUGCGUGCUCCUUAUAGGGUGUCUUAUCCACUAUAUAUAUAUAUAUAUAUAUAUAUAUAUAUAUAUAUAUAUAUGGAUAAGUAACUAAGCAAUCAAUAUUUUGUUGAAGCGUUAAACGGUUUAAGGUGUAUAUUUUCUAGGCGUGGUAUAUUAGUCUGGUCAGUGUGAGAGGAAGCUUUGGAGAUGCAUCCUCGGCUUUUAAAGUUAAAAUGUUGACUGUUUUCCCCCUUAAACUGCAACUAGGGUAUGAAGAUGAAUUCCCUUUGACCAUCUAGAGCAGGGGCAGGUUUCUACCUUCUUGGUUUUCUAGAAGACAUCUGGAGACAUAUUUCAGGAUAUUUCAAGUUUGAAUUUCACUGUGGAGUACCGUAGGCGAAGCUGUGAGCAUUGGAAGAUAAAAUCUACCCCUUGAGUGUAUAGGACAAACCCAUUAAUUAUAUACAUCCUGUGCAAAAAAAAGCUUACAUCAUAUAGAUUAUAAUGGCAGUAUGAUUCAGAAGUUUCCCAUAUCUUUUCAUUCAUUUUUAUUUAUGAGCUUUUUUUAGCAAAGAAAAAAAAAUCGAUGUAAUGUAGAUAGUCUUUAAAGUUCGAAGUUCAGCAUGUACAGGGAUGAAGGGAUUAAAAAAUUAGCUGCCAAUAAUAUUAAUGGUGACCGUGAUGUCAGUUCAUAUUAGACACAGCCUUUACUUGAAAAUGCUUUGCUUAUUUGCCAGUUAGUUGAAUAUGAAAAUUGACCAGCAAGAACUGCCCAUUUGUAAAUUAUAUUCUGGAAAUAAAUAUAAGUCUGUAAGCAAAGUGUAAGGAAAAAAAUAUAUAAAAAGAUGAAAAUACAAAAAAGGAAUAUAAAACCGAAUGCUUGUGUGACAAUGAUGUGAGUUGCUUAUGUAGGACUUUGUCAUAAAUUACGAUAAUUCUACGAGAAUAAUGCAGGGCUAUAUCAGAUGGUGCAACAUCACAGUCUAGAAAAUAACCAAAGGUUUACUUUUCAGGGAACUUGGUCAAUCUGGUGUCUAUACAAAGUAAAUGCAGUUCACUGCUCAACUGUUUGAAUAAUACAGUGACUAUUUCAAUAUGCUACAAUAAGAUGAAAUCUUUUUCCAAUAUGUUUAGUAGUUAUCCAACGGAUGAGGAUACAACUUUUUUUCUUUGGUGUCUUAGUCUAUGGUAAGAACAGAAAGCUAGCACUUAAAAGAAAUUGUGAUAAUAUUUAAAUAGGGAUUGAAUGUUACAUUUGUCUGCAGCUGCCAACCCUUUUAAUAUGACCCUAAUGUGAUUAUCUGCACCAUUUAGAUUGCUUGUUAGAAGGAAUUGAAUGUGUCAUGGUCCUCCGAGUCUUCCAGGUUUUUUUUGAAAGUUUAACACUGGAUGAUUUGAUUUGAAAAAUGAGCGAUGGCUGCUUAUUUGGCUAACUGUAUGUGUGCCCCCCCCCCCCACUUCAUUCAUCCUCCCCAUCAUUUCAUUCCUUUGAUGAAGCAUAUAGACACACACACAGAGUGGAGGAUUUCAAUUGAUGAAUAACUCGGCUGAAUGUUUGCUUCUGAUGGCAAAUUAACUUGAAAAGGGAGAGGAAGGGAUGGGAGGGGAUUGCAGAGUCCAUUUGAAGGAAAUUGACACAUUUGAUGCAUAUUUAUAAUUUAUAUUGGAUGACUUCAUGGUACCAAUCCUUUGGCUCUAAUGGAAUGGGGUACUCUUGUGGUUAAAGGAAUGACAUUAGCAUAAAAUUUCUGUAUUAUAUUUAGGACAAGCCUGUCGUGUUAUAAAAGUGUUACGAGUUUGCCAACUUGUAUUAACUGACAUAUACUAGCUGUAAGUUCUUCAGUAUCUGGUAUCUGGCCAAGUGGCUUCCUGCAGAGUUUCAGAGAUCAUUGAAACUCCAGCCCCUGCUUUGCCAAACUGUGGAGUAAACCCUACAUGCACUGGGUUUGUGUAUGUGAUGUAUUAGAUUACAAGUAGUGAAAAAAAAGUUAGGUAUUCAAUUUGUAUUCAGUGAUAUUGACGUCCUUAGCAGCUUACCAUGUUGAGUAAUAAUAAGUAAGUUUUCACUAUGCAGGGACAGAAGAAAAAAAUGCACAUACUCAUCUUUUCUGUGGAUAAACAAGAUGUACAGUUAUUAUGUUUUAUUAUUAUUAUAAAUAUUAUUACCAUUGCAUCGUAUUUUAAGCUUGGUGGUAAUUACAUAUAUCUAUUCAGCAUAACCCGAUUAAUAAUUAAGUGCAAAGAGUUAGGUUUUGUGGUAACUAGAUGGCAGUUUGUUAUUAUUAUUAUUAUCAUAAUUUUAAAUUCACUUUGGGUUGUUGAUUUGUUCAUUACAUUAUGAUAUUUGUGUUGUGUGAUUCUGAAUGCGUGUAUGUAGAAUGAUGUUUUUUGCUUUUAUGCUACAGAAAAAAAAAUGGGUGUAAUUUUAUUUAGUUCAAUUUACCAUGACUGGGAUUAGAGAGAGCCAGGGAGAAAUGACUGGAAUAGAAAUACUGGAUGUCAAAUUAAGUGCAAAUAACACGCAAUGGAUUGAAAUUGAAGCUAAGAAGAGGGUGAACUUUGCAAAGUAUACAAAAAUGCAGUUUGAAUUGUGUUUUAAUUAUAUAUCUUAGCCAAAACAUUUGGUUAAUAUUAAGUUGUUUUUUAAAGUUAUUCUGUUGUGAAUAGGAAUUUUUUUUUCUAUAAAUUUGAGACACUAAAUCAGUGUCACUUAUUUUCAGUGUAAUUAAGUCAAACAAUACUGUCUUUACAUGUUUUGUUGAGGCAUUAAUUCUGUACCCUUUAUCAUGUUGAUUCAAAAAGCUCGUGGCAUGAAGAGCCAUAUACUGAUGGUUUGCUGAGGUGUGCCACUUCCAUUCAAACUAGAUGGGCUCAGAAGCAUAGUAAUGACCAUAUGGCUUUUUAUCCCGUCAUCCCAGCCAUCCAACUGACAUCUUGGAUUUAUGAGAGCAGGUGUUAUCUAUAUCUAGAGCCGCAUUCAGAACAGUGGACCCACUAAAAAAGCUUGCUCUCUAAUCCGCUAAUAGACACUGAAUAGAUACCCUGUGGGGAAGUAUUCAAGUGGGUUGGCCAUAUUUGACCCUUGGACUAGUUAGUCCACAGUUCUGAAUGCGGCCUAAAGAAUCAUUUCUGCUAGCAGUGUAUCAAAUAUGUUGGCAGACAUUGAAGCCACUGAUUUCUUCAGAGAUUUGCAUUGUUCGUCAAUAUCUGGUCAGAUGGAAACUGGCAGUGCUUACUUUGCAUCAGUACAAAUCAUCAGUGUAUUGUUCAUAUGUCUCCUGUUCACUUCUUUUGGAGCAAAAUUAUGUGAGAAGAGGGGGAGGGGGGUCCCAUUAACCGUUUGGUCCAACAGAAACUCUAAACUAAAUUAGUUGUGUUUUAAGAAGUUAAGAGAAUAAGUGAAAUUUUGACAGGUUGACCAGUUUUUAAAAGCGAACUUACAGUUUCUCAUUUUUUGAAUAACAAGGACUUGAAAGGCUGUUUUAUUUAUAAUUUAUAGGUUUCCAGUUUGGAAAAUCAAAUUCUUUUGCCUGCUAUCCCAUACAGUUAUUUCGCACUUUUGGUAAAUAUGUGGAUAAAAAAAACCCUGGUGGUGAGAAUAGAGUGAACAGAGGGCAAAGAAGAAAAUAGUUACUGGUGCUCUGUAAUCCAGUUAUAGCUAUUGUUUGUGUGAACUGGGUUUUAAUUUUCUGUGAAUAUGCUACAAGUCUACCUUGUAUUAUGUCAGUGCUCUAUAUGUUAUGUUGCAAAUUUGAUUCAGUUUGAAGUGUAUCUCAUAUGCAUCACAUUUAACCUUACAUAUAUGUGUCCGUCAAUGAAAAUCCAUAUAAAGAUAUAUGUAUCUUUACUUGUUAUUAUAAGUAGUAGCAGUUGUGGGUAAAUUGGGAUUAUUUAACCAUUUAGUUCUUUACUUGUGUUAUUGAACCAGACAUGGUUAUGUUUUGUUGAAAGUAGAUCAUUAUACUCUGUUGUCAUGCAUUAUUAUUAUAAUUAAUAGAAGUAUAAUAGUAUUAUUUAGAAGUUACUAGUGUAGUUGGGGUAGUUGCAGAAUAAAAGAAAUAACCCAA